UCUUCUGACUGGCUUGCGGCCGUGCUGGCCGUGCGGCGUCGCGGUGUUUCCGUAUUUCUCGGAUGCGUGUGCCGCAUCUGUCGAGGGCUGUAGACAAGUUGACAAACGUUAGCUGCAGUAGAGAUGCCUCCACACUAGUGCCGCUUUCAUGAACAAGUCAGCCAGGUCCUUUCAAAGUGACAAGCAAUGGAUGUGAGCAAAGUGAGUCCGGAAUGGAGGAAACGAGUCCGUUCUGAGUACAUGAGGCUACGGCAGAUAAAGCGAUUUAAACGCCACGAUGAAGUGAUGGCAGCAUACAUGACGAACAGACGAUUCAUCAUCGAGACAGCUGCACUCUUGCAAAAACAACAGACAGACACCAAGGCGGUGGCUGUGUUUCCCACUGACGUCCCUCUUCACCUCCCCGUCAUGAAGAAGUGCGAAAUUGAGCUUGCAGAUGGUACCAAGCAGGCGUCACCUAUGCGAAUCAUGUAUGCUGUCAAUCCUAUCCCAACAAUGUACACCUGGGCACCAACUCAGCAGAAUUUUAUGGUGGAAGAUGAAACAGUGCUGCACAACAUUCCCUACAUGGGAGAUGAAAUCCUUGACCAAGAUGGCACAUUUAUUGAGGAACUGCUUAAAAAUUACGACGGCAAAGUUCACGGAGAUCGCGAUGCAGGCUCUGUGAAUGAUGAGCUUUUCCUAGAGCUCGUCCAUGCUCUCAUGACCUAUGAGGAUGAGCCGGGAACCACCAACAGGACACUCACUGAGAAAUGCGAGGAAAAAGCACCAUCUCCAUCAGACUUCAUUUUUGCUGCAAUUUGUUCGGUGUUUCCGGACAAAAGGACCCCAGAGGAGCUGAAAGAACGGUACCGGGAGUUGAUGGAAAAGGUGAAUCCUCCUUCCGUGCCACCCGAAUGCACUCCCAAUAUGGAUGGCCCAUUUGCACAGUCAGUACCGCGUGAGCAAAGCAUGCAUUCCUUCCGAACGCUCUUCUGCCGACGAUGCUUCAAGUAUGACUGCUUUCUACACACAAAUAGAGGGAUGGAUAUUCCUCCAGCAUUCCAUCCAGCACCAAGCCAGUACAAACGGAAGAGUUGCGACAUGAAGUUGGACACUGAACCUUGUGGCUCACAUUGCUACUUGCAUCUGGACUCUGUGAAGGCAAAGCUUCAAGCGAAGCUCAAAGAAGAGCGGGAGUCAACUGAGCAACGCAAAAUGCAAAAGCAGAUUUCAGUCGAUAGCGGAAACGAAGCAAGCGGUGAAGACAGCAAUGACAGCACACGUACCAACAGUAAGAAGAGUGACAGCUCUGAGAAAGACUCGGACAAGCCUGCCCAGAUGACCGUCAACAGCCUUUCCGGCAAAUCACUUGAGGGCAAAGCUGCUCGGCUCUUGGCUUCACUGGAGCCUGUGGUUCAACCAUCUCAGGAGGAACUACAAGAAGAGUGGUCCGGCGCAGAGCAGUCGCUCUUUCGGGUUCUGUGGAGAGUCUUCUAUGGCAACUACUGUGCCCUCGCCACACUUAUCCUCACCAAAACAUGCGCACAGGUGUAUGCAUUUGCCCAGCGUGAGCUGGCCGACCUUCCACCUGAAGAGCAUGUGCAUGACAGCACACCACCACGCAAGAAGAAGAAAAAGCACCGGCUGUGGUCCAUGCAUUGCCGCAAGAUCCAACUCAAGAAGGACAGCUCAUCCAACCACGUGUACAAUUACACGCCUUGCAACCAUCCUGGCCAGGCCUGUGACCAGAACUGCCCAUGCGUCAUGGCUCAGAACUUUUGCGAGAAGUUCUGCCACUGUAACUCUGACUGCCAGCAGCGGUUCCCAGGAUGUCGGUGCAAGGCCCAGUGCAACACCAAGCAGUGCCCUUGUUACUUGGCAGUCAGGGAGUGUGAUCCCGACCUCUGUCAAACAUGUGGAGCGGAUCAGUUUGAUGUGCAGAACAUUUCGUGCAAGAAUGUAAGUGUCCAGAGAGGCCUCCGGAAGCAUCUGCUGUUAGCACCUUCUGAUGUUGCUGGCUGGGGCAUUUUCUUGAAGGAGACUGCUCAGAAGAACGAGUUCAUCUCCGAGUAUUGUGGAGAGAUAAUUUCCCAAGAUGAAGCUGACAGACGUGGAAAGGUGUAUGACAAGUACAUGUGCAGUUUCCUCUUCAACCUCAACAAUGAUUUUGUGGUGGAUGCUACACGCAAAGGAAACAAGAUCAGGUUUGCUAAUCACUCCAUCAAUCCCAACUGUUAUGCCAAAGUGAUGAUGGUGAAUGGAGACCACCGCAUUGGAAUUUUUGCAAAGCGUCACAUUCAGUCCGGAGAAGAAUUGUUUUUCGACUACAGAUAUGGACCAACGGAGCAGCUCAAGUUUGUGGGCAUUGAACGGGAAUUGGAGUUUUUAUAACAUGCACCAUAGACGUAGACAUCAAAAGACCUUUUGCUAACUACCCCAGCACCAGGGAGCGUGCGCGAGUGUAGUUACACAGGCCGCACAUUCAUCCAGGCCUUAUAUUGGUUAUUUACUUUUAAUCUUUUAUACAGAUAAGGCAAGCACAUGUAGCAUGUGUACACCCACCGGCAAUAUGAAGGUGAACACCUUACCUGGUUUCUUGCCUGUUUUAUGGCUUCGUAAAGCUAUAUUAACAACCCAACGUCUCAAAUGGUCUGUGGCCGAGGGUCUGAACAUUGCGUUUUAGCCGUCUUCUAGAACAGAGCUUGUUCCAAAACUUGCAGGAGCAUCAAAAACAAGAAGAGGGCUGUUCACCUUCAUAUCACUCACGAGAGUAUCUACAUUCCCAGCAUUCUCCCUAACGCUUUGGUAAUUUGGCAAAAAGCCUAUACUGUUUGCAAUGUCUGAAAGUGGUACUGUACAUACUACCCAUCUUUAUGCAGAACAGCCUAGGGUUAACCUGCAAGCAUCUGAAGCAAACUGUUUUUUUGUUUUUUUUAUUCAUUAAUCAACACAAUUGCCACAUCUUUUUUGUUACCCAGAAUGCACACAAGUGCUACCCAUCUUUAUACAGAGCAGCCUAGGGUUAGCCUGCAAACAUCUGAAGCAAACUGUUUUUUUUUUUUUGUUUUUUUUUUAUUCGUUAUUCAACACAAGUGUUGCAUCUUUGUUGUUACCCUGAAUGCACGCAAGUGGGAAACCUACAGAUAUAAUCAUUGCAAGUAACAUUAAUUUUAUACUUUUUUCAGCAUCAAUCCAUUGUUUACCGCUCGCACAUCAAUAAAGUUUGACACCAUUUUUCCAAA